UUUAAGAUACAAAAUAUAAGCUUCCAUGUACUCAUGCAUGUGAAUUAAUACCAGUAAGCUUAUAAUUAUGCAUAUACGAAAAUUUUAUUAACUAAUAUAUAUUCAACUUAUAAGGACUUACAAGAAAAACGCUUAAGAACCUACAGUAAAAGUAUGAAUUCUACGAAUCAUCAAUCUGUCGAUACUGCUUCCAAAAAUGAUGAUGAGGAUUUGAGUUAUCGUAAAAAUGGCGCCACUUUAGAAAACCAUACGGUAUAUAGAAUAGCUGCUACGAAAAACGAAGAAAAUGAAUUAAAUAGCACCUCAAUAUUACAAUCUUCUGAGAAUGAUUAUGGAAAUCAUCUUGUUGAUCACUAUAAUAUUAACUAUAUAAAACAACACUUUCAAGAUGAUAUUAAAGUAUGCGAAAAGGUGAAUGAUAUUGAAUUCAAUUGUAAAAUUCCGGAUAAUAUUAACGACAACAAUCACUCGUCCCAGCUUAAUGUUAAAGAGGUUGAUAAUAAACUUAUAGAUCCGCACAAUGAUAUCAUUUUUAAUGAAAACAAGUUUUGUUUGAAAAGUCUAGAAAAUUCCAUUAAUAAAAAUGAUGAUAAUAUAUUGAAAGAGCAGGAAGGCGACUUAAAAAACUCAUUAAACACUAUGACACAAAAAAUGAAAUACAAUGAUGAUCAAAAUGAUUUUCGAAAUAAUUCAGGAUAUGGUUCUCCCAAAAGAAAUGAUAAUGAAAAGUUUAUUUCGUCUGAAGAUUUACUUGCUGACUUUGCAGGUCCAAGAAAUGAAAUAUUCCAAGAUGCAAGUUUACCUGAAAAUCUUAAUGUUAAGAAGAAUUCACAAUCUUUAGAACUUUUGAUUCCAGAAAAAACUCAAAUGAUUCAAGUUGAAGAAAUAUUUUAUAAAUUUGGCUUUGAUAUUUGGUUUAAACCAAACUGCUUACAUCCAAGAGUCGAAUCACUAAUUUAUUGGCGAGAUGUAAAAAAAUCAAGCCUAGUUUUUGGUAUAGGUAUGGUUGUAUUGUUGGCAAUAUCAUGUUAUUCCGUAAUUAGUGUUAUUGCUUAUUCAGCACUAAUUUCACUCUCUGGAACAAUUGCCUAUCGAAUUUACAAAAAUUUAUUGGCCGCGGUACAAAAAACUUCAGAUGGUCAUCCAUUCAAGGAGUAUCUUGAUUGGGAUAUAAAUUUGUCACAAGAGAAAGUACAGAAUAUAUGUACCAUUUUUGUAGCUCAUUUAAAUGCUUUUAUCACCGAAAUAAGGCGACUGUUUCUGGUUGAAGACCUAGUGGACUCACUCAAAUUUGGUGUUAUAUUGUGGGUCUUAACGUAUGUUGGCUCCUGGUUUAAUGGAAUGACCCUUGUAAUAUUGGCAUACAUAUCUAUUUUUUCAUUGCCAAAAAUCUACGAACAAAACAAACAAAUUAUUGAUCAAAAUUUAGAUAUUGCAAGGUUUAAACUUUUGGAAAUUACAGACAAAGUUAAAGCUGCAGUUCCAAUUGGCAAGAAAUCCGCUAACUCCGAUAAAGAUAAAUAAAAAAUUAGUAGAUGCAGUAAGAAAUAAAACGGAAAAAAAUUCAUCGUGCUUCAAAAGUAGAUUUUAAAAAUUAAAUAGUUAUUUAUUAUUCCCUUAAUGAAAUUUAUUGACGGUAAGUUUUAAAUUAAACGUGUUUAUAUCAAAACAAAAACCUGAAUUGUAAAUUUAAUGGAUGAGUUUUACAAUAAAAGCAUACUUAUAAUAUUUAAAUGUAAAGAACGUACCAUUGUCAAAAAAAACUACAAUUGGAAUCAUUUAAACAAAAUUGAUAAGUAUAUGUUUUUAUUUUCAAAAUGAUUUGCUGUUAUUGCUUUAAUUUUUAUUUAAAAUAAAUUGGUAUAUGUAUGUAUGAAUGAUACCAACAUUGAUAAAAGUAAAUUUCAAAAAAAGUUUAUUUUAGUAUAAAAUUUUUAUUACUCUAACUCUAUAAUAUUUAGUAUUGUUAAUAUCCACGAACCUAUGUAAUGGAAAACAUAAUGAAUGUUAAAUUUCUUAUUUAAAUAA